GGGAAAUUCCAUCACCUGUUGCAGCCCCAAGACUGUUGCUAGAAGGUGUGCUGCUACCAUGAAGGACACAAUCCAAACAGAAUCAGAGACUGAACCUAAUGUUACAUCUGAAGAACCUGAAGUGCAGAAUGGUUCAAUUUGUCCUGAUCAUCACAUUUCCCAAAUAGAAGAGUUAGAGGAGGAGACAGAGACAUCUGAAUCUGUAAAUCUUAUAGAAGACAACAAUGUGACACUACAAGAGACCACUAUAAGCAAACCUGAUGUACCCAAACCAUGCUGUCCAGGGCUUGGCUUGUUUUACGCCUUUUGCUCCUGUUUCUUCUUCUCCUCAGCCUCUCUGUGUGUGAAGCUGAUAUCACAGGACAAUCCCAUGAAUCCCUUGGAGAUAACGUUAGUCCGUCACAUCAUCACCGGCCUGUGCCUCCUUCCGGCCAUGAUUUACUUCAAGGUGCCAAUCCUGGGGAGCCCGGGACAGAGAAUGAUCCUGACUGCGCGCGGACUUGCCGGCGCUACGGCGCUGUGUUUCUCGUACUACGCCAUCCAACAUAUGCCGCUGGCGGACGCCGCCGUCGUGAUCUUCAGUUCACCGAUUUUCACUGGGAUCUUCGGACGACUCUGUCUGAAGGAGCGCUACGGACCGUUUGACAUUCUGCUAACAUUCGUGACCUUUGCAGGAGUUGUGUUGAUCGCAAGGCCGCCAUUUCUUUUCGGAGGCAGUGACACAAGUUACGGAUCAGCAGAACACUUGUUAGCAACAGGAUCUGCAUUUCUGACCGCCAUGCUGAGUGCUUUAGCCUUUAUAGUGAUGAGGAAAAGUAGUGUGGGGCUUGGAAUCCACUACCUAGUCCAGAUCAUGUUUCUAUCAAUAAUCGGUGCACUCAUGUCUAUCAUAGUUCUAGCCAUUAUGAGGGGUUUUACUCUCCUACUAUGUGGUAAAGACAGGUAUUAUUUGAUAGCAGUGGGGCUGGGUGGUUUGGGAGGGCAGAUUUUCAUGACCAAAUCGUUCCUGUAUGAAAAAGCCCAUGCUGUAGCAGUGGUGAGGACAAUGGAUAUUGUAUUUGCGUUCAUUUUCCAGUAUCUGUUCCUUAACCAUGCACCGACAUGGCUGAGUGUGGGGGGAGCCUUACUUGUGGCUAGUGGAACUGUAGGACUGGCCACCAAAAAGUGGUACAUAUCUUCUCAAGUCAACAGUAACAAGUAAAUAGAUAAAGAUGUUUUGAACAUAGUUUAAGGCUUCUACUUCUCCUUUCUGUAGCUUCGAAAAUUAUGAAUAUCAAAGGGUGAAUGUGAAGAAAUUGCGAAAGAAAACAA